AAUAAAAGAAAGACGGUUUUUUCAGGGACGCCACCAAUCCUGUUUUGUUCUUUUUUCGUAAAAAAUCCCUGUGUCUAGUAAUUUGUUGGCAUUUAUGGAGAUUUGGGAUUGUUGGCCACAUUGGUCGGGGAACAAACAUGUCUUCGGCCAUAUUCGAGUGACAGGCGUUUUUCAGAAUAACUGACCGCUUGUUCUUGAAUAGUAAAAUAUUAACGAAGAAAAUGGAGUGUUUAAUUGGAAUUCAAUUUAGAGACUUUGUGUUGGUCGCAGCCGAUAUGACAAAUGCCCAGUCAAUUAUGGUCAUGAAAAGUGAUGAGCAAAAGAUCCAUAAGAUUUCUAAUAAGCUUGUGAUGGCCGUGUCUGGAGAAUCUGGAGAUACAACUCAGUUCUCAGAGUAUAUUGGCAAGAAUAUACAAUUGUAUAAAAUGCGUAAUGGGUAUGAACUAUCUCCGAAGGCAGCUGCCAGCUUUACCAGGAGAAACUUAGCUGAUUACCUUCGCACCAGAACUCCUUACUUUGUCAAUUUACUUAUGGCAGGUUAUGAUGAUGAAACUGGUCCUGAAUUGUACUUCAUAGACUAUCUUGCAUCCUCCAUAAAAGUACCAUACGCAGCUCAUGGCUAUGGUGGAUUCUUCUCUCUCACAAUUUUGGAUAGAUAUCAUAAUUUAGAUCUUUCCGAGGAGCAAGCAUACGUGCUGAUGAAGAAAUGCGUCCGCGAAAUUCACAAGCGCCUCAUAGUUAAUUUACCGAAUUUUAAGGUACAGAAAAUAUCAAAGGAUGGAAUAACAGAAUUGGAACCAAUAACGGCACAAAAUUUGGCGGUGGAAGAUGCUGCGAAAGCUUAGUUUCGGUGGUUUUAUUCAUCUUUUUUAUGUGUACCCAUAUGAAUUUAGGAAUAAAAAGAUUUAAAGCGCA